UGUCAUGAGAGCCCUGGAAGCAGACGCCAACGAGCGCAGAGAGAAACGUGAAGCGACAGUUCUGAAAGAUCAGGGGAACCAAGCAUUUCAUAAGGGCGAUUACACUCGAGCUGUUGAGCUCUACACACAGGGCCUGAAGCGUCUGAAAGACUUUGUGGUGCUGUACACCAACAGGGCACAGGCUUACAACAAAUUGGAAAAGUUUACAGAGGCAAUGGAGGACAGCCGGACUGCCUUACAGUUGGAACCAAACAACGUCAAGGCAUUGGUGCACCUUGGCAAGGCCCAGCAGGGACUGAAGGAUUACAAGGCGGCUGUUACGACUUUCCAAGAAAUCCUCAAGAUUGACAAGAAACACGAGAAAAUGGUCGCAGAUAAUGUCAUGAGGGCCCAGGAAGCAGAUGCCAGCGAGCGCAGAGAGAAGCGUAAAGCAGAGGCGACAGUUCUGAAAGAUCAGGGGAACCAAGCAUUUCAUAAGGGCGAUUACACACGAGCCGUUGAGCUCUACACACAGGGCCUGGAGCGUCUGAAAGACUUUGUGGUGCUGUACACCAACAGGGCACAGGCUUACAACAAAUUGGAAAAGUUUGCAGAGGCAAUGGAGGACUGCCGGAUUGCCUUGCAGUUGGAACCAAACAACGUCAAGGCAUUGCUGCGCCUUGGCAAGGCCCAGCAGGGACUGAAGGAUUACGAGGCGGCUGUUACGACUUUCCAAGAAAUCCUCAAGAUUGAUGUGAAAUAUGAGAAAAUGGUCGCAGACUAUAUUGUAGACGUGAAUCUAGCCGAGUCCACAGCCAAGUUGGAUAUGGAGGCUGAGAGGCUGUUCAAUGAGGGCGACGUCAAGGCAACAGGCGUUCAUGAGAUCGGACUCAACGACGUGGGCAGCAGCUGA